AUGCCUGUAAUCAUUCGUGAUAUCAAUUGGGAAGAAACAGAUACCAAUCUAGUUCUGCAUAUUCCGAUGAAAGGUGCAAAAGCCAAUAAACUUGAUGUAUUGUCAUCGGAUCAGUAUCUUAAAAUUUCGUUUUCGCCGUUUUUCUAUGAAGUUUUUCUGUAUGAUCUGGUUCACGACGACAAAAGCCGAAUUGUUGUACAAAAUGGAUUUGUGGAAGCCACAUUAACUAAGCAAAUUCCUCGAAAAUGGAAUCAACUGACACAUGUUCAAUCAGAUGAUAAGGAAGCAAUGAAAAGUCUUCGUGAACAAGCGUUGAACCAAAUUGCACAGAAGCAAAAAGAACGUAAUGAAGCCAAUGCAUCAUUAUUAAAUGACAAUAAACGGGAAGCUGUUCGACAACAAAUGAAGAUCGAGGAAGAAGAACGAAAUCGAAUUGAUUCGAUAAAAAAGAACGAACGUGAUAAAAUUAGCGAAGAAAUGAAACAGUUCGAGGAAAAUCAAAAAGUUCAACGCAAACUAGCAAUACAAAACCAUAUCAAAUCGGAAGAGCUUCAACCUCAGAAAAAAAGUGAAAAACCAGAGCAGAAGAAAACUAUCUUCGAAGAAAAUUCUGCACCGGAAUCGAAAGUAACUGCACCAUUACGUGACACUGGUCGUAUUGCUGUUAACUUUACAUCUCGUAUUUUUCCGACACCUAUGCGAGAAUCUCAAACGGAAAGCGAAGAAAAAUGGUUAAGAGAACAAAAAGAAAGUCGGCAAGCAGCGACUGAUCUUCAACUUGAUUUGUCCGAAAACGAUAAAGAUAUUGAUUAUCUAAAAAGUAAAGCAAAUCAAUUCUUUCAACAAGGCAAUUUUCAAUCUGCGAUUGGUGUCUACAAUCACGCUGUACGAGUCUUCCCGAAAAUGGCGACAUUGUAUUUAAAUCGAAGUGCGUGCCAUUUCCAAGUUCGAAACAUGAUAAAAUGUGUGGAAGAUUGUUCUCGAGCAUUGGAAUUACUGAAUCCACCUGUUCUCGAUAAUUUACCUCAACGAAUCAAAGCGCAUGUUCGUCGUGGUACGGCCUUUUGCGAAUUAGAACUCUAUGCUGAAGGACUACUGGAUUACGAAGCAGCGCUAAAGUUGUCCCCCGAUGAUGAAAAUAUUCAGAAGGAUGCUCAGCGCAUUCGAAACUUCCUAGAGAAAAAUCAAGAUUUUUCGUAG